UUUGCAAAUUGUGAGUUAGUUAAACUCCAAAUUUUUAAUUAACAACACCGUUUCUCUUUCCCGUGACUGUGAGGGAGACUCCUUCCAGUGUCACCAGAUUCUCAAGAAUUCACACUCCCCCAAAAACCAAGCAAAUAUCUCUCUGAAAAUCGCAUUCCUUUCCUCUUCCGGAAACAAGACGGUAAAGCCAUAAAAGAAACCAAAAGUAAAAUAUUUAAAAACUGUAUUAGUAUUCUUAGAAUUAUACAACUCAAAUAAAAGCACUUCUUCUUGUUGGUGAACUCACUCAUUGUCAGAAAACCAACUCGUGGAAGCAAGAGAAGGUUUUUCAAUGGCUCAAGAUACUUCUAAUGCUGAAUCACACGAGAAAAAACCAGGUCUCUUAAAAGAUCAAGUCCGGUUAGUUAAGAAAAAGGACUCCGAUCGAUAUGAGAUAGUUCCAAUCCAAGAUCCUUUGUCAUUUGAGAAGGGUUUCUUUAUAGUUAUUCGUGCAUGUCAAUUGUUAGCCCAAAAGAAUGAUGGAAUUAUACUGAUCGGUUUAGCUGGCCCUUCUGGGGCUGGGAAGACUGUUUUCACGGAGAAGGUUCUCAACUUCAUGCCUAGCAUUGCUGUCUUAUCUAUGGACAACUAUAAUGAUGCUAGUCGACUUGUUGAUGGAAACUUUGAUGAUCCACGCUUGACUGACUAUGAUACAUUGCUCGAGAAUGUCCAGGACUUAAAGGCUGGAAAGUCAGUCCAGGUUCCAAUUUAUGAUUUCAAGUCUAGCUCUCGGACAGGAUACAGGACCAUUGAAGUCCCAAGCUCCCGUAUUGUUAUUAUUGAGGGCAUCUAUGCUUUGAGUGAAAGGUUGCGACCUUUACUGGAUCUUCGUGUAUCUGUUACUGGGGGGGUUCAUUUUGACCUUGUCAAACGAGUUUUACGGGACAUACAACGUGCUGGCCAAGAACCAGAAGAAAUAAUCCAUCAAAUAUCUGAAACGGUGUAUCCAAUGUACAAGGCCUACAUUGAGCCAGAUCUCCAAACAGCUCAUAUAAAAAUAGUAAACAAGUUCAAUCCUUUCACUGGAUUCCAGAGUCCCACUUAUAUUUUAAAGUCAGCGAAGAAUUUGUCAGUGGAUCACAUUAAGUCUGUUGUUUCUGAAGAACAUACAGAAACAGAAGAGCAGACAUAUGACAUAUAUCUACUACCUCCUGGUGAAGAUCCAGAAUCUUGCCAAUCAUAUUUGAGGAUGCGGAACAAAGAUGGAAAAUACAGUCUCAUGUUUGAGGAAUGGGUGACAGAUAUCCCAUUCGUCAUAUCGCCACGGAUUACUUUUGAAGUCAGUGUGCGUCUUCUUGGUGGGCUUAUGGCCUUGGGAUACACGAUAGCAACCAUCCUUAAAAGAAGCAGCCAUGUGUUCUCUGAUAAUAGGGGAGUGUGUGUGAAAAUUGAUUGGCUAGAGCAACUUAGUCGCCAAUAUAUUCAGGUGCAAGGGAAAGAUCGGUUAAUUGUAAAAUAUGUUGCAGAGCAGCUGGGUUUAGAAGGCUCAUACAUUCCUCGCACCUAUAUAGAACAAAUUCAACUGGAAAAGCUUGUAAAUGAAGUUAUGGCCUUGCCAGAAGAUUUAAAGUCGAAGCUCAGCCUAGAUGAGGAUCUUGUUUCAACCCCCAAAGAAGCUCUUUCACGGGCCUCUGCUGAUAGGGUUGCCAUGAGAAAUAAGAAUCUCCAAAGUGGUAUGUCACGGUCUUAUUCAACACAAAGGGAUAAAGCUCUGUCGAAGCUUAUGAGCUUAUCUAUGAAUAAACAGAGGUUUGUUGAUAGAAGUGGGGAGUCACAGACUAUGCUAGCGAAUCAGGGAGUCAUCACUCAGCUUUCAGAACAGAUCUCCUCACUAAAUGACAGAAUGGAUGAGUUUACAACUCGUAUUGAGGAGUUGAAUGCCAAUUUAACAAUCAAGACAAAUUCUACCAGCCAACAAAAUAUGGCUCUCCAGACUGAAGUGUGCAAUGGCUCUGCUCCCACAAAUUACUUCAUUUCAGGUUUAGGAAACGGUUCCUUGACUGGUUCUAGAAUGCCUAAUUCCUCAUCAUCCUCCCAGUUGGCUAAGGAGUCGCCUUUAAUGGAAGAGAUAUCAGGUAUUGCACGGGCACAACGUCAAGUCAUGCAUCAGUUGGAUAGUCUCAGCAAUCUUCUUCGCGAGAGCAUGGGGGAGAGAUCUCGCCAAGUAAAGAAAACUGAAAGAAGUAUAACUGCUGAUGUUGAACCCAUCAAAGUUCGUCUUAUUUUAAGUUUGGCAAUUGGUGGUUUAGGAAUCUUGUUGUUUAAGGGCUAUCUAACCCGAAAUUGAUUGAGUUGUGAAUAUUAGUUCACCUUUUUAAGCAAAAAGUGUUUUGAAUGCCACCCUUCAGCACGGGAAGACAGUCAAAACUGAUUGACCAUUUGUUUUUAGGGUAGAGAGUAUUUGAAGCAGCAAAGAGUAGUUUUCAAGGUCUCUUUGAGUUCUUCAAAGAAGGGAUGCUUAAGCAAAUUUUGUAACUCAUUUGGCAAUGUUUUAUUUGUUACUUACAACCUUCUAGAGAUAAAUUUA